AUGAUUAUGCUCCGCGUGGGAGGAUUUGGGGAACAUACGUUUGCCCGUCGUAGACCAUUAUGGGAUAAUCUUCAGCUCUGCGGUGAACUCUUCCUCGAUUCACCAUGGCUAGUUGCUGGUGAUUUCAAUGCUAUCAGGGAUCCAUCGGACCGAGUUGGGGGCGCCACCAAUUGGAUUCCGUAUUUUGAUGAAUUCCGCCAGUGCUUGGAACAAACGGAUCUUACGGACCUCAGAUUUGUCGGGCUCCGUUACACUUGGUCCACUUCUUCUGCGACCGGGAGGAAUAUGAGAAAGAUAGAUCGUGUAUUGGUUAACAGCAAGUGGAACCUUGAUUUCUCGUAUUCGAAGGCGUCUUUUUUUAGCCCUGGCAUAUCUGACCACACGCCGAUGGUUGUAAGAGUUGUCCAUCCGGCCCCGAGGAGGAAACCUUUCAAAUACUUUGAUUUUUGGACAGAACAUCCAGAGUUUAAGGCGAUCGUGCAACGUGUAUGGAAUACUCCGGUUAGAGGCGUCCCUAUGUUUAAGCUGGUUUCUAGAUUGAAGAUUUUGAAAGCUCAGCUCAAGACCCUCAACCGGGAUGCUUUCUCUAACAUUUCAACUAGAACUGCUGAGGCAAGAGAAGCUCUCAACGUCACUCAAGUUCAACUUCAAUCAAACCUGUCCAGCCUUGCUCUUGGCUGA